AGGCAUAAAAAAUAAUAAAAAGACAAAGAAGCCUUUCGACUUUACAAAAUGGCUUCUUUGCACAAAUUUUCAGUUCUAGUUACCCUCAUUUCGUCCUUCAUCUUGUUCAUUUCUCUGCAGGUGCAGUGCACUGCACGGGGCGGCGGCGGCGACGACUUGAUAAUGACAGCUUGCACGGGCACUACCUCAAAACAGUUAUGUUUAGAUCAUUUGAAAGCUGAUAAGCAAGUAACAGCAGCAGCAUCAAAAGAAUUGGACUUAGGAUUGGCCAUAAUGAAAAAUCUUAUAGGACAAGCAAAAAUAACACAUGACUAUGUACUGAAAAAGAAAUUAGCAAAUCCAGCAUAUGGUUUUUGUGAAACAAAAUGGGGUGAUAUGGUCUCUGGUUUCGAAAGGAUUUUACAGACUACCACUAAAAACAAAGGGUAUGAAGAAGAUACUGAUGACUAUGAUUUUAUGGUUAUUGGUGAUUAUGUAGGCAACUGUAAAACGAAUCUUGAACAGGCAAAAAUUGUAGAUCCUGAGAUUGCUAAAGCAGGAGAUAUAGUCAAAACGUCCAUAGCUGCUGCUAACACAAUACUGUCCCAGCUAAAAGCAAAAAACAGGAAUAAAGAUGAAUAAAUUAUCACCCCUGAUGAGGAAAGUGAACCAACUGCAUUGAAUUCUCAUUACUCUCAAAUCUUCAACCACCCAUGCCCGGGUGCUGUUGUUGUUGCUGUUGUUGUUGUAGAUAAAUAAAGGGAAAAAAAUCGAUUCAUUUUCAUUGAUGUCUGUUGCUCCUUUUUAUUUUGUUCGGAUGGUUGUCUCCCAUCGUUUCAUAAUAUAUUAUUUUAUAUUGUAUUGUAUUGUUUUGUUGAUA